CCGAGCGCCACCGGGGCCAUCGGGGCCCCCUCCCCCGCCUGCGCGCACCCGGCCAGCGCCCGGAGACCCCUGCUCCUCGUCGGCCUUUGGGGCCGCCCCGCGUCGCGGCCGCCCCUCGGGGCGGGCCAGCCCCUGGCAGUGCCCCCGCCGUCCCCCAGCGGGCUCGGCUCGGCCGCGGGCCAGGAGGGGAGGGUCCGGUCUUGCCCUGCCGGCGUCCAUUGGCGGCUUCCCCCGGUCUCCGUGCGCCAUGCCGCGCGCCGGCUGAGCCGGAGCCCGCAGGUGUCGGCGGGUGCGCCCGGCCUGCUUGGGGAGGGGGUCCCGCACUCGCCAUGCUGCGCGUACCUGGUGCCCCGGCUUCAGACGCUGGGCAGCCCCCAAACGGGGUGUCGGCGAUGAGCCCCACCGAGCUGUGGCCGCCCGGGCUCAGCAGCCCCCAGCUCUGCCCGGCCAACACCGCCUACUACACCGCGCUGUACCCGCAGACGGUGCCUCCGGCUGCGGUUCCCGGCACCUGCCUGGACGCCACCCCGCAUGGACCCGAGGGCCAGCCUGUUCACUGCGUGCUCACGGGCCGCCUGCCGGCCAAGAGAAAGCUGGACUUGGAAGGCCUUGGGAGGCCUGCAGUCCCUGAGUUCCGAAUGCCCAAGGGGAAGAACAUCCGAGUGGAGGGGCUGCCCAGCCCCAAGACCCCCAAGUCCCCCGGGGAGAAGACGCGAUAUGACACAUCUCUGGGGCUGCUCACCAAGAAGUUCAUUUACCUCCUGAGUGAAUCGAACGAUGGAGUCCUGGACCUGAACUGGGCGGCCGAGGCCCUGGAUGUGCAGAAGCGACGCAUCUAUGACAUCACCAAUGUGCUAGAGGGCAUCCAGCUCAUCCGCAAGAAGUCCAAGAACAACAUCCAGUGGGUAGGCAGGGCACUAUCUGAAGUCCCCAGCCGGCCCGGGCAACAGCAGCAGCUGCAACAGGAGUUGAAGGAGCUGACGAGCAUGGAGCAGGCCCUGGACCAGCUCAUCCAAAGCUGUUCUCAGGACCUGAAGGAGCUGACAGAGGACAAGGCUAACAAGAAACUGGCCUACGUGACGUACCAGGACAUCCGUGCUGUGGACAACUUUAAGGAGCAGACGGUGAUCGCUGUCAAGGCGCCUCCACUGACAAGGCUGGAAGUGCCCGAGAAGGUUGAGGACAAUCUGCAGAUACGUCUCAAGAGCAUCCAGGGGCCCAUCGAAGUGUACCUGUGUCCGGAGGAGGUUCAGGAACCGGACAGUCCUGUCAAGGAACUUCUCCUUUCCAGCUCUUCCCUCAGCCCCAGCCAUAGCCCCAACUCCACCCAGCCCAGCAGUACCACCAGCCCUGGCAUUGCAGAACCUGCAGCACCCUCAGCGCCAGCACUAAUUCCCCAGCAGGAUGUGCCGCUGCCGCCAUCACCACCACCACCACCGCCGCCGGCCCUUGUCCCCUUGGAGGCCGCCGACAGCCUGUUGGAGCUGUCGCACCCGCUGCUGCAGCAGACCGAGGACCAGUUCCUGGCCCCGGACCUCACCUGCAGCUCCCCGCUCAUCAGCUUCUCCCCGCCCAUAGACCAGGAUGACUACUUGUGGAGCCUGGAUGGGGGUGAGGGCAUCAGUGACCUCUUCGACACCUACGCACUUGGGGAUCUGCUGAUUAACUGAGGGGCCCACCCUGGUGGCCCACCCAUCUCUACCUCCUCACAUCAGACUGACGGGGCCCCCGUCCACCCGCACGGGCACAGCCUCUUGGGAGGUGUGAUGUGGCAGCUGGGGGGUGAAGUGGGCGCAGGGGGUGAGAUUUGUCCUUCCUGAGGGAGGCGUGGACUUCUGACCUCUGACCUCAUGAGGGAUGACAGGUGAAGCGCCCGAUGAGGCGGACCCCCACUGCCGCCCUUGUAUUUAUUUCAGGUUGAGUUUGAUUGUCAUCCCUGAGUUUUAGCAGGGAGUGUUUAGGUUCUGGCAGCACCUGUCCUCAAACAGGCUCUUCCCGGAGCUCGAGCCACCUCGCUGGUUCCCCUCCUGUGUUGGGGACCAGGAUUCAGGACUGCAGCCCAGCUGCCAGGACACUGAUGGCACUUAGACCUGGCGAACCUCAUGCGUGCCAGGCCCCGGUCUGGGGUUUCAGGGACCACCCCCUGACAGGGCGCUGAGG